AUGCACCGGCCCACCUCCUUAUCAGAGGCAGAAAGACGCUGCAUGAUUCUUUGCCACGAGCAAGGCGCCUCUAUACGACAGAUUUCUCGUCUAAUUGCUCGAUCUCGUUCUUCUGUCCAACGUGUUAUCCAUAAACAUAUGGCCCUUAAGCUCUUAGCGUCCGCUGAUCCCUCAAGCAGAGUUGGGUCCGCCCUAGCGGUCGACGAGCCUCCCGCGGAGGCCCUGCAGCAGCCGCAGCAGCAGCAGCACCAACAACAGCAACAGCAGUACCUGCUGCAGCACUUGCUCCAGUCACAGCAGCAGCAGCAGCAACAGCAGCAGCAGCUUCACCUGCAUCAGCGCCAGCAACUUGGCAACUCCGGCAGGAACCCGUCUGCUGCGGAUCUUGCUGUUGCUGUGGCUGCACUGCUGCGCGAACAGCAGCGGCAGCAGCAGCAGCAGUUGCAGCAGCAACAGCUACUGCAGCAGCAUCCGCUACAGCUGGUGCAACCGCAGGAUGAUAGAGCAACAGCUGUGGGCAAAGCCCUGCAGCAACAGCUGCACGAGCAGCUGCAGUGGCAGUUGCAACAGCAGCUGCAGCAGCAGCUGCAACAACAGCAGCCGUUGCAGCAGCAGCAGCAGUUGCAGCAGCACCAGCAGCUAGACGAGCAGCUGGAGCUGCCACCACCGGGGCACAGCCCGCCAGGCCAAGGAUCAGGAGACACAACAACAGCAUCUGCUGCAUCAGCAGCAGCAGCAGCAGAAGCAGCCACUUGCUUAGGGCCUGACGGUGACCCCUUGCUGCAGGUAGGGGGCGAUAGCUGCACGGGCUUGGAGCAGCAGGAUUUGCUGCAGCAGCCGCAGCUCCUGCUGCAUCAGUCCGUGCUUUCCCAGCAAGAUGACAGCAAUUGCAGCAAGGCAGGCAGCAACAGCAGCAAGAGCAGCAAGACGAGCGGCGGUAGCAGUGGUAAGAGCAGCAACAGCAGCAACAGCAGCAACGUAAGCAAUAGCAGCAACAUCAGCAACAGCACAAACAGCAGCUGGUGUUCAGCAUCUACGCACACCAUAGAAACUGGUGCUGCUUCUUGGACCUCAUCAGCAGCAACAGCAGCAACAGCAGCAACAGCAGCACGCCCUGCUGCUGAUACCCUAAGUACCGGCGACCCUGCUGCUGCUGCUUCUUCUGCUGGUCUGUCGCAGCUCUCGUCGCUGUUAAAGGCACGGGAGGCUGCAGCAGCAGGGACGGCAGCAGGAGCAGCAGCUGCUGCUCCCAGUACCAGCAGCAGCACUACAACUAGCAGCAUCGGGCAUAAUCAUCAUCAGCCGCAGCAGCAGCAGCACGACCACCAGCAGCAGCAGCAGCAGCAGCAAUUAGAUGGCGUUUGCUGCUCCCUAGGAUUCAAUUCGAAGCAAGGUAAGACAGACGCCAAUCCGACAAGCAGGCCCCUGGCAACGCAGCGCCCGCGUAAGCAGCAGCAGCAGCUGCAGCAGCAGCAGCAGCCGGGGCAGGCACUGGACAGAUUGUUGCUACCCCUCUUGCAGCAGCAGCAGCAGCAACAACAGCAACAACAACAGGCGCAGCAGCAGCUGCAUGGGUCCGAUUUCCCGCAUGGAAGUUUGGAGCAGCGUUGCUACUCGCUGCUGCAGGGCCUGCAACAGCAGCAGCAGCAGCAGCAAGCGUUGCUGCCCCAUUCUUGGACUAGUAUAUUCCCGCAGCAGCAGCAGCAGCAACAGCAGCCCUUGCUGCUGCCGCCGGAGACAUAUUUGCAACGGGAGCCGCCGCAGCGGGGAGCUGCAGCAGCAAGUAAUCAUCAGGUGGGCAGCGGGUGCAAGAACCCCUGGCAGCAGCAACAGCAGCAGCAACUGUUGCAGCAACAAUUGUUGCAGCAACAGCUGAUGCAGCAGCAACAACUGUUGCAGCAGCAUCUGCUGCAACAGCAGCUGCACGAGCAACAGGAGCCGCGGCAACGGUUCAAUGGCCCCCAGCAGCAGCAGAUGCUUGGAGGGGCGUCCAGCUCAUUGGGCUGCCUGUCUCUGCCUCCUCACGGCACAGGAGCAGCAGGAGCAGGAGCAGCAGCAGCAGCAGCAGCAGGAUUGGGUCCCGCUUGGACCCCGCGGCGGCAGCAGCAGCAGCUACAGCUGCUGCAGCAACAUCUGUUGCAACAGCAGUUGCAGCGGCAGCUACAGCAGCAGCAGCAGCUGCAGCAUCAGCGCCAGCAGCAGCUGCAGCAGCGCCAGAAGCUGCAGCAGCAGCGCCAUAAGUUGCAGCAGCAGCGGCAGUUGCAGCAGCAGCAGCAGCAGCAGUACCCGUCUUACCCUGAGGACAGCUCGGCGUUGCCUCUAUUAAGUCCUUGUCUUUCUCGUAGGCCUGAAGGGGCCCCAUUGUAUGAUCGUUUCCUGCUGCAGCAGCAACAGCAGCAGCAGCAGGAACAGCAACAGCAACAGCAGCAACUAAGCUGCACCCUAUUCGAUUCGGCCACCGAGCAGCAACAGCAGCAGCAACAGCAGCUGCAGCAGCUGUUGACAGGAGGAGAUGUUGGCUUUUGCAGCAGCAGCAGCAACGGAGAGCCUCCGGUGCAGCAGCUGCUGCAGGAGCCGUUGAGCUCGUUUUGGGGGAGUGCGGAAGCAAGCAGCAGCAGCAGCAGCAACAACAGCAACAACAACAACAGCAACAGCAGUAACAGCAGCAGCAGCAGCAACAGCAGCAGCAGCAGCAGCUGUAUUGCAUGGGCUUGCCCUACUUUGGGGGCCCCCAAUGGGGGCCCCAACAGCCUCCCGGUGCUCCCGUUCGCCUUUGCCUCUGGGGCUGUCCCCGCAGAUGGAGCAGCAGUUUCUGUAGUGCAGCAGCAGCAGCAGCAGCAGCAGCAGCAGAAUACCGAGGACCCACAGUGGGCGCUGCAGCGCGGGUUUCUUCCCUGCGAUGCUGCUACUGAUCUGACGGCAGCAGCAAAAGGAUCUGCUGCUCCCGCAGGAAGCAGCAGAUCCUUUGCUGCUGCUUCAGAUGCAGCAGCAGCAGCAGCAGCAGCAAACAUGCCACCGACUGAGGGCUAUGGGAAGGAAGCAACACAUAAUAGCAGCAACGAUGCUGCCGUUCUUAGUAAUGAUGGGGGCCCCCCCGCAGCUGAGGGGCCCCCCACCUGCAGCACAAUCAACAAGGAUACCCCGCUGGACGUACACAUUACUGCAGCAUCAGCAACAGCAGCAGCAGCAACAGCAGCAGCGCCAGCAGUUGCAGCAGAGUGUGCAGCAGGUGAAGCAGGUUAA